AUGGCUACUGCAGCCAACUCAGUUCCUCAUGGCUCUGGUGUUCCCAAUAUAUAUUUGGCUUCAACCCCCCUCGAAAGCACUAAAGUAGCUGCUAAUAGAGUGCCUUAUGACAGUGGGCUCGAUAUCUUGGUCAAUGGUUCUGCAGUUCCUUCCGCCGAGCUAAGCCAGGCCAUUAUAACCUUGGCCUUGACGCACACCUUUGUGCCUCUUGAGAAAUUUUCGUGCGAUAAGAUCUUCGUCGUGUCUUCCAGGAUGGGAUUAAUCACCUUGGCCUGGGUUGUGUCACCGCACCAUCUUUCGCAGAUCGCGUCGCUACACAGAGACUCAAAAGCAGCGGCCAAAUUAGUUUGCAUUAGAAUACUCGAGAACAAGGCAGGUAUCCAAGAGGGCUCUUUUGUUUAUCAGAUAACUUGUCUGGGGACAAAUUGGACAAAUGGGAGUGAGGCCAUGGCAUCUCUUGCUUCAUAUCCUUCAUAUACACCAUCCAUUAUGUCUCGAGAAGAAUAUCGUAGAUUAAAUUCACCAAAAUCUGUUCGGAAUCGCAACAGCUCAUGCAAACGCAAGAAUGCGACCCACCAAUUUUUUUUGCGAAGUUUUAUAGCAAAUCAUGGUAGGAAUCAAUAUGAGCGCGUCAAUAAAUUUCAUGCGCAUGUUGGAAUGGCAAAUGGUGGUGGGCAAUGGUGGGACAAGAAUUCUUACCUUAGUUCUCACCGCUGCUAG